AUGCCUUUUCCGCCGAUCAGCCUCCAGCAGCGGAUCUCCUCUCCAGGCAGGGAUCUCUUCGGGAAGAAGAAAGCCAACGCUGUGCCUCCUCCUCCUCCUCCUCAGUCUGAACUCACCAGCAAACCCGGCGGCAGGGAGAAAGCGGUGUCUGAGAAGGAGAAGCAGUCUCUUUCGUGGACAUCUGCCAAUUUUAGGACUUUGGGGCGAAAAGCUCCGCUGCAGGAGAAGAGUAAAAGCCCAUCUCAGAAGACCGGCUCCGGCCAGGAGAUCCAGGGAAAAUGCUCCUGGCUGUCGGUGCCCAAACCUCAGGACUCCUCGGAGGGGGUGAGGCGCUCCAGCUCCAUGGACUCCGCCAGACAGCUCCACGGCAGAGAGGACGGCAAGAAGGAGCUCCAGUUCACCCUCAGCCUCACCCCCGAAGCCAUUCUCGUCAUCCAGAAACGGAACCUGGAGAAGCAGAUGAUGGCGAAGCAGCAGAAGUGCUGCGCCUCCACCGACUUUCGGCACAGGAGAGUGUUUCCAUCCAAGAAGGCGCACGGAGGCUCCAAAGGCUGCGCCGCGUCGGGGAGAGCGGAGAACGCCGAGCAGGACAUCACAGCCAUCGUGAAAAUCUCCCUCCUCAACGAUCAGUACAAGUACGACGACGUGGAGUACGAGGAGGAGGACGGAGACGUGGACGAGACGGUGGUGAGGAAGUGUAAAGAGUGGCUGAAGGGAGUGGAAAACGCCGCUGCUCUGGGGAAGGUGGACAAACUCUCUGCACUCCCGCACCUGAAGGGCUGCUGA